GAGCUUGAUAAUGUGAUGAAGAAGGCCCGUGCCUUCCCGAACGAAACUUGGGACAAGAAGCUGCUGGAAGUAGAAGAAAAGGAUCCUAACAGGUGGCGGCAUACCGGCUACAAGAAGCUGUACAUUGAGGAUGAUCCGAGUAGUUCCGAUUCGGAUCGUGGUCCCGGGGGUGGCCGUUACGGGAAUGGCGGUGGUAGACGCAGCCGGAGCCCUCGAUCACCGCGUCCCACACAUCGUCGUUCACCGUCACCGUUACCACCGAUGCGGAAACGUCACAUUUCACCCCAUUCACCGAUCGGGAUGCGCCGUCGUUCGCCUUCACCGUCACCAGUCGUUCGCAAGCCACCACCUCCGGAACCGAAGCGUCGACCACGGUCGCCUUCACCGCGAAUGCGCCGCAAAUCGCCACUUGGAAUGAUGCGACGCCCAAUGUCGCCUGGUGAUAUUAGAAGACGUUCGCCACCCGGCAUGGGACCGGAUUCGCCACGCCGGUUGCCUCGCCGGAUGUCGCCCCAUCUGGGACCGCCUCCAUCGAAGGGCGGCCGAUUGCCGCCAAUGCCACGGUCGAAGAGACCUCCGUCACCACCACCUAGGAUGAGUCGAUCAGCAUCGAUGAGCAGCUGUUCCGAUGAUUCCUGUUCGGGUUGUUCUGUUGACGAUCCGCGCCGUCGUCGACGUUCUAGAUCUCGGUCGUUUUCAAAUCCGCGUCCGCGUGCUCGUUCGCCGCCGCACAACAACGGUUCGAAAGGCCUCCGUCGCGACGGCCUCGCGGGUAAUCACGAAAGUCGGUUACGGCCAAUGAGCCCACCACCAGUAGAUCCACGCCGAAAACAUCAACCUCCACCGGAACCGUUACCGAAGGGUCAUCGUGGGCUGGAGAAGGUUCCUCGUGAUCAUCGUCCUUCGCGAUCGAUGCCGCAACCGCCACCAACGGAGCAGCGUACCCGGCGUCCGCAAACACCAGAUUCCGAUCGUGCGUCGUCCCCACCGAAGCGUUCUAAGCACACCAGCAAACCAACAGCUUCGGGUUCACUUCCUGAGGACCCACGACCUGCAAAAAUUCGCUCGUCGAAACAGCAAGCGCCACCUCCGCUACCCAUUGCGAGCGCUGCGAAUGGUCAUAAAAAGCCCCACAAAGAAAAAACUGUGGAGAAGCUGCGUGCGCGUGUAAAAAUCGAGGGUGAACCAAAGCGUGCCCGACCACGAUCGCCCUCCAGCGGAUCCGAGGAGUCGAGCAGCAGCGAAAGCUCCCUUCCACGCUUUACUGCUACUACACGAAUGACUCUAUCUGAGCGGUUCGGAAAAAUGGCUCAGUGGAGCGUUGAUCGGUCGAACAUGGAGAAUAUGCGCAUUACGAAGAAUUCGUCCGGUGGUGAUCUUAAAGUGAUGAUCGAAGAGGAAAUGGAAGCACCACCUGCACGUUACACUUAUUCGCCCGCACCGGCAGGGCAUUUCCCAGAGGAACUUAUGACGACUGGACCGAGUGGAUUGUCAUCGUGGGAUGACGUUCGAGUGCGAUAUGAAUAUUACAAGGGUCGUGGUUAUUUGCGAGAUCUCGAUUUACAGGAUUACAUCAAGUGGGAGGAAUGGUGGUACAAGUACCAAGAAUGGCUUAAACAGGAGCGAUACUAUGAGUUGUGGGAACGUUCCCAGAUGAACCGGCGACGAAAGAAGAUCCCUAUCACACAACGGUUGAAUUAGGAUAUCGUCGACCCAAUGUUGUCGGGUAAAUAGAAACAACAACCAACGAUGUCGAUAAUCGAAAAGAUUCACAAAUAUGUGUGUGCGUGUAGAUGAUAUUGAGCUGAUCCUUAUCAUUUUGCCUAAUUAGGUAAUUCAUGAAUGAUCUUAACAACAUAGCUGUUAAAAGUUUUGUGUCAUUUACUUGUUUGAUACCAUAUUAUUGGUAUUUUUUAUGUGUUAAAAUAACAAAAACAAGUGAAGCA